AUGAUUUCUGACAUCACCCCGAGGUGGUUGGAUGUGGGAGCUCAUAUUGAGAAGAGGGAUAUGAACAUCACCUCCCGGUACUGGUUUGGCUUCAUCAGCAGCACUAUCAUGCCAUCCCAGAAGAAGUCCAUCCUACGUCAUCCUAAGGUGGCUUACCUUGGUUCUAUCAUGGUUAGGAGGCAAAUCGACCUGGGACUGCUAGUUUCACAGGAGAUGGUUUUGAGAGCCAAACAGACACAUACAUCCCUGCCAUUUCCUAUUCUGAUUACUGAGUUAUGCCAGAGUGCUGGGGUACCCCGAGAGCCUUCUAGCGAUAUAGAAGUCACUCCAUUUUUCUCCACUGAUAUCCGGAGUAUAGAGGCAGAAUUUACACGUGAUAAGGAUGAUAGGAGAAGAGCAAACCCAACAGAUACUUCUCCAGAGGUCAAUGUUGACUCAUUCUCGGCAGCUACACCUUCGUCCACCCCGACAUCUGAGCCCUCAGGUAUACCAGCUCCUGCUACUUCUUCCUCACAGGAUCCAGGUGCUUCCUCAUCCUCCCAGCCUGCAAGAAUCACUCAGCCCAUGAUCCUGAAGAUGGGGCAGUUGGCCUAUUCAGUUGAUGUGAGAGCUACCAGACUGGAAAGGUAUGUUCCAGAGAUGAUUGACAGGGCCAUACUAGCAGAACUUACUCCCAUUCAGACUUCUGUUGAUGCCUUGACAGUGAGAGUUAUGGCUUGUGAGAGAAGACAAAGGGAAACCUCUAAGGUGACGGCCCUAAAAGCUGAGAUUGCAAGUUUGAGGAAGGACGUAGAUUACCUUAAGUCUACCGACUUCACUUCACUCAUAGAGAGAGCAGAUGAUAAGGAUGUUCCUGUGACCACCGGAGAUGUGCAAGAGGAUAGUGCAGCACAGGAAGAGUCGGAUGUAGAAAUUGAUGAGGAGAUAAAAGAGAGCCAAGAUGCGAGCAUAUUCAGAGAUCUGCCAAAUAUAGUAGAGACAGUUACGUCCACAGCAGCCCCUAGUGGAUCUGGCACUGCUUUUCCAUCUGAGACUACUCCGGAAAAUAAUGCCCCAGCAGAUAGAGAGACUGCGUAG